CACUCCAAUAGAUUCUUUUCCAUCAACAUGAUCUUCAUCAUAUUUAAUUAAUUAAUUUAUGUUUAGAGAGAAUGUUCAGAUAGUUCAACAACUUAUUUUAUUAGUCACUUCUAGUGUCUUCUUCAGUCAUUCUCUAAAUUUCUGGCAUGUGAUCUUUUGGUUCUUCUUUCAUUCUCAACUUGUUUGUCUAUUAUCAUAUUUUCCUUUUUAUCUUUCUUCUUUUGCAUCAUCAGUUCUAUCAGUUUUACCCCACACUGAUCCAGCUUCUUCUUUAGUAUCACCAUGUUAUUCGAAUAAAUUUGUGAGUUGUUUGAAAUCUUGAUCACAAUGGAAACCACAUAUUUCCCACUUAGGUGGGAGAGCACUGGGGACCAAUGGUGGUAUGCAUCUCCAAUAGAUUGUGCUGCUGCAAAUGGCCACUAUGACUUGGUUCGUGAGUUGCUUCGAAUUGACAACAACCACCUCUUCAAGCUCACAUCACUGCGCCGAAUUCGUCGACUAGAAGUGGUGUGGGAUGAUGAAGAACACUUCAGUGAUGUUGCAAAGUGUCGUUCACAAGUGGCCCAGAAACUGCUUCAUGAGUGUGAGUCCAAGAGAGGGAGCAGCAAGAACUCUCUAAUCCGUGCAGGGUAUGGAGGGUGGCUAAUCUACACUGCUGCAUCAGCUGGGGACUUGAGUUUUGUGCAGCAACUUCUUGAGAGGAACCCUUUGUUGGUGUUUGGAGAAGGGGAGUAUAAUGUCACUGAUGUGUUCUAUGCUGCUUCCAGGGGCAAGAACUGUGAGGUUUUUAGGCUGGUUUUUGAUUUUGCAGUUUGUCCAAGGCUUGUGACAGGAAAAGGUGGGGUUUUGGAGGAGCAUGUUGGGGAUGUUCCUCCUGUUUAUAAGUGGGAGAUGAGUAAUAGGGCUGUCCAUGCUGCUGCUAGAGGGGGUAGUGUGGAGAUUUUGGAGGAGUUUCUUGCCAAUUGCUCUGAUGUUUUGGCUUAUAGAGAUGCUCAGGGAUCUACUAUCUUGCAUUCUGCUGCAGGAAGAGGCCAGGUUGAGGUGGUCAAAUAUCUCACAUCAUCCUUUGACAUUAUCAACUCCACAGAUCAUCAGGGAAACACUGCUUUACAUGUGGCUGCUUACAGGGGCCAAUUAGCUGCAGUUGAAGUUCUAGUUUCUGCAUCUCCUGCAUUGAUCUCUCAGAGAAACAACACUGGAGAAACAUUCCUCCAUAAGGCAGUGUCUGGUUUUCAGUCUACCUCAUUCAGAAGAUUGGACAGACAAAUUGAGCUUUUGAGGAAGCUAGUGAGUGAUGAAACGUUUCACAUGGAGGAAGUCAUCAAUGUGAAGAACACAGAUGGAAGAACUGCUCUCCACAUUGCCACGAUUGGGAAAAUCCACACUGAUGUUGUUAAACUCCUCAUGACUACUCCAUCCAUAAAUGUGAAUGUGAGUGAUGCUGAUGGCAUGAACGCACUUGAUUACCUUAAGCAAAGUCCCAAUUCAGCAGCAUCAAAUGUACUAAUUAGGAGAUUAGUUGCAGCUGGGGGAAUGUUCAAUCACCAAGGCAAUGGUUCAAGAAAAGGCAUAGCUUCUUCACACAUGAAAAUGCAUAGCAUUGGUGGCAGUCCUGGAACAUCAUUCAGAAUCUCAGACACUCAGAUAUUUUUGCACACAGGAAUUGAGAAUGCAUCAGAUGCUAGUACUGAUCAAGGAAGUGCAGGAAUGAGUUCAUCUUCAUCAGAACACACUGCAUAUGACUCAGCAGCAGAGAAUAGGCCUUCAACAACAAGCGAAAGGCCUUCGGUGGCGGCCGGAUUGAAGCGUGUCCUUCAGUGGCCACUGGUGAAGGACAAGAAAGGUGAGGGGAUGAGGAAUUCAAUGGAUGAAGGCUCAGUGGACUCAUGCAGAAAAUGGGACAUCAUCACAGAUGAAAUUCCAACCCCACUUAGACAAAGAUUCUUUAGGCAUUCAGCACUUCCAAACAACAAAAGGAACCUAUCUGUGAGGAGUUACCAGUCAAGUCCAAAUGCUAAGAAGAGAUUUGCUUCAGGACCGGUGCAAGUAAAGGUUUCAAGAAGAUCAAGCUCUAGUUCCUUUUCUAUAUCAUCAUUUUCAUCACCUACAUCAACAGAUAAGCAAAAGGGUGUUUGCAUUGACAGUGAUGGUGCUGGACCAUCUUGCACAAGUCAUCAAAAUGAUAAAUCAACAAAUUCAGGGAAGAGAGCUUCUGUUAGCAAAAAGAUAAGGGGCCAUUAUUUCUGUUUUUCAAAAGCCUCAGUAAACAGGCAGCAAGAAAGCCAUUGUUACAAGGAUCAUGAUGUUUUUGUGAAUGGUUUAAUUGGAUGAAAUUAGCUAAUUCCUGAACAGUAUGUUGUCAAAUACACCGAAGGAAAAGGUGCUUCAUUAAUGCAAAACUGCACUGUCAAGAUUUGAGCGCAUCUAGUGCAUUCUUUGUUUGCAAGAUUUUAUAGAUAGUAUUAGUAUGUGAUGAUUUGAGAUGUACAUUUUCUGCACUACUGUUAAAACGUGCUUUUUAUCAUAUUGACAUCAAAUAAGUGGAGUUUGGCGAAA